AUGUCAUGUGGUAAUGGUAACGUAGAUAAUCCAUCGUCUGUUACACAAAUAGUUAAUGCUGAAAGUAUAGUUGUGGAAAAAAAUAAAAGUAGGAAUAGUUGUCAGGAAACUGUAGAAAAUGAAAUACCAAUUUUGAAAACAAAUCCAUUUAAACGUAAACAGCUAGCUAUAACAAACUUUAUUCCAAAAAAAAUAUCUGUUGAUAGUCAAAAGAAGAUUGAUAAUGCUUUUAUACAACUUUUUACCAAGGACUUGCAACCCUUUAGUGUAGUAGAUGAUAUAGGUUUUAAAGACUUUGUGAAUUUAUUGAACCCUAGCUAUAAAAUUCCCAACCGACAUGCCAUUUCAAAAACACUAAUUCUAGAGGCAUAUGAAAAAUGUUUUAAUGAAGUCAAAGAGAUUAUAUCCAAUGACCUAGAAAUGGCUUGCAUGACAACUGAUUGUUGGACUUCGCGGAACACAGAGAAUUACAUAGCAAUAACUAACUUCAAAAAUAAAAUAGUCUUAGCUGUAUCCGACAAUGCUGAUAAUGUACAAAAUGCCUUGUCAACAUUACAGCUGAAACAUUUUGGUUGCUUCGCGCAUACUCUUAAUUUGAUUGUUCAAUCUGCAAUAAAUAAAGAAUCUGAGCUCAUAAAUAAAAAUAAUGGAAUUAAGGAACCAAAAAAAUGCUGCAAGACGUUUCUACACCCUGGAUUCUAUAUGCUGGAACGUUUCAUGGAAUUGGAAACAUCUGUAAGAGGUACAAUAGGACUGUUAGACAAAGCUCCAAAUGGUUUAAAUCCAAAUGAAUGGGCAGUUAUAAAAGAAUUUUGCAAAGUCUUACUGCCGUUCGAAGAAGCUACAAGAGCAGUUAGUGGUGGUCAAUAUAUUACUGCAUCAAUGGUAAUUGUAAUUGCUCAAGGCUUACAAGAUGUCUGCCAACAAUAA